AUGGACGAUAAUCACGAACUACGAGACUUAGAAGUCCAAUCUCCCGAGCAUGACCGUGAACACCUCCUUGGAGACAACCAUGAGGAAUCCCCUCCUAUCGCCGACCAGCCUCCACCACCAGACAAAGCUCCAACACAACGGGUGCAGCCGCCAAGUCGGCAUCAGCAACUACGCUCGAGAUGGCGUUCGAUAGCCUGGAAGGCAGAAGUUUCGAGUUGGAUCGCCAGUGCCAGCUGCUUCAUUGCCCUUGUCAUAGCCUUGAGGGUCUUUGAUGGCCAUCCCCUGCCGCAGCUAAAGUUCGGUAUCACUCCUAGUGCUAUUGUUCAAAUCUUGUCAACCCUCGGCGAGUUUUUCUUGGAGAUAUCUUAUGGCGCCGGUGUUGGACAGCUAAAGUGGCUAAAUGCGUUGCAAAAGAAACCGUUGGCCGACUUUCACACCAUUGAUGAAGCCAGCAGAGGCGCUUGGGGAAGCGUAGUACUCAUUGCUAGUCGCAGAGGGGGUUUAGUUGCAGCCUUGGGAGCCUUCAUCACCAUAGUUGCCCUAGGCAUCGGUACCUUCGUUCAACAGGCCCUAAACUACGAUACGAUCUACACAGCCUCUGGUGGAAAUGCACUGAUGCCUAUUGCGCAGUAUAUGAACGGUGUCGGUUCGGCGCCCAUUGAUCACGGAGGGACUAUAGAUGGAGUUGACUCGGUGCUCACUUCAGCCCCCUACCUAGCUUUCUUCAACCCCCCUGGUACGAACUUUACCGCGACGGCACAUUGCAGCACUGGUAAUUGCACAUGGAGCUCGUACCAGACAUUGGGGUUCUGCAACACUUGCAAAAACCUCACACGGCAACUGAAAAGAGAUAAAAUACGCAUCGUUCCGCAUAAACUUACCGACGAAGCUUAUGAGACAAAUGUAUAUACUUUACCGAAUGGCUUUGGGCUGACGGGCAUUCAACCAGGGGAAAUGAACAACAAAGUCGAUUUCUCCAUCACGAACGGAGUUGUCAAUGUGUCCACGACGAUUGCCCCAGAGAGAUGGGACUCGGUUGCAUUUCCACAUAAUGGCUCGGUGCUGUUGAGCGCUUUCGCUGUCGCCGCUGCUCCCGGCACAAUUCCUGAGCAACCAGAUCAGACAAAAUUCUCUCCCGAUGAGAUGGUAGGAGACAUGUAUGCGGCACCGGUGGCCUUUGAGUGCAUGUUGCAGUUUUGUGUUCGAAACAUGAGCGCCAUCUUCGUCAAUGGAACAUUACGCGAGACGGUAACUUCUGUAUGGACAAACGAAACACAGGGAUUACUUCCUCAGUAUGAACAUUACACGUUUCGUCCACCUCACUCGGAGGAGUUCCGUGUUCUAGGUACUUCGAAGGAUUCGACAGCCGACUGGCUCAACUUUCUACUUGUGGGAAGUGCAUAUUCAAGCGAUGUCGACUCACUCGGAUUUGCCGCUUCUUCAGAUCUCAUGCAGAUAGUUCGAAUAGCCAUGAACAGCUCAGAGGCGGGGUUUCCUGACUUGAUGGACAAUUUGGCCAACAGUCUAUCUCUCAGCCUUCGGAGUGCGUCCUACCAGCCAUCACCCAUACAUGGCAAAGCAUUUUCUCCAAUUAGCCACGCUGUUGUGACUUGGGAAUGGCUUAUUCUACCCGCAUUCGAGCUGGUGGCCUCUCUGGUGUUUUUGGUGAUAGUUAUGAUGAGAACGAGAAAGGCUGGCUUAGUGCCGUGGACAAACAAUAUACUGGCAGUCUUUUUUCACGGGUUUGAUCAACGACCUGUUAUACAUGGCGUCGAUGAGAGUGAGACGGCUAUGGAAAAGGAAUCUGACGGAUUGCUUGUACAAUUCCAAGCAAGGGAAGAAGGAGGGAGGAUAGUCAACGUGAACUCAUAA